AAAGGUCUUGGAAAGCACGCUUGGGAUCUAACCGUGAGUGUUAUUACACCAUGGAGACAUGUCGUAUCUCAGUUCUUCGGUUCUGCAGGCAAUUGGCUUGCAAAGGCAUCUAUCCUGGCAUUUUUUCUCCGAAUCUUCGGUAGCCUUCGCUGGGUUCGUAUUGCUUGUUUUGCGCUCCUCAUUCUACUGUCCAUGGGCUCGAUUACGCAUGCAGGACUCUUCGCAGUCCUCUGUGUCCCUCACGGAGAUGAAGUUUGGAAUAGUAAUCUCAUGGCCAGAUGUGCUACAGGUGCUCCAGUGACUGUAGCUGUGGGUGUUUGCAUUUUGGUGGUUGAUAUAGCCAUCUUUAUUUUGCCGUUUCCCAUCAUUGCCAACUUAAAAAUGGAUAAGAAAAAGAAACAUGGCUUAAUUAUCGUGUUUCUGAUUGGCUUCUCCAUCAUUGUCACAAGCUCAGUUGGGCUUGCUUAUAGAAUUGUUGUCUUCAAGAGUUCUAUCGAUCCAACCUGGAACGGUGCAAAUGUAUCCAUCACUGCGUACAUAGAUACUUUUGGGACUAUCAUUGUCAGCUGUACUCCAGGCAUAUACGCUUGGUGGCUGAAAAUAUUCUCACAGAGCAGGUUAUACUCCUCAAUUCGGUCCAUGUCACUU